AUGCGUGGAUACAAGCAAGUCUCAACUGAGUACCUGGACGCCGCAGUCGGACGACUACCGACUCUGAGUCGACGGCGCCGGGUACUCGUCGCAACGACUUUCAUACUCCUUGUCGCUUUACUCUUUGCUGCCAACGGUGCCCGUCACUUUGUUCCAGCUUCUAUACCCUCAUCCUUCUCCUCUUCAUCGUCUGGCGAGAAAAGCAACCCAAAACCAUCUGCCAACCUCCAUCUGCUCAUCCCCGCAGACCGCAAAGAUGUAAAUCUUUGCAAAACGAUGCUCAGCGCUGCAGUGGCUGGGUAUCCAACGCCAACGCUGAUCAACUGGGGCGCUAAAUUCGACGAUAAGUCGCUUGUGGCUGGAGGCUCUCAUCUGGCCAAGAUCAGUGGUGUGCUCGAGUAUCUGCGUACACUUGGACCGGAGCGCGACGACGACCUGUUACUGCUUGUGGAUGGGUAUGAUAUCUGGUUUCAAUUGCGUCCCAGUGCGUUGAUAUCGCGCUUCCACGCCAUCAACAACGCGGCGAACACACGGAUACGGCAGACCAUGGGCUCGAAAGCAGCGGCCGCAGAAGGCAUAAGUCAGAACAUCAUCUUCUCUGCGCAGAAACGCUGCUGGCCUUGGAAACCAGAAGAUCCGCCGUGCUACGCUGUACCGCAGUCCUCGCUGCCAGACGACAUUUACGGCCCGGAAACGGAUACCGAUAUUGGAUUCGAGAAGAACCCCUAUGUGAAGUUUCGGCAACGCUAUCUCAACUCUGGAGAUGCAAUGGGUCGCGUAGGGGCGAUGAAAGCGCUCUUCGAGCGGGCGAUGGAGAAGGCAGAGAAAGACCGGAACUUCGGUAGCGAUCAAAAGAUUUUUAGUGAGAUUUUUGGAGACCAGGAGUUUCAGCGAGAGGUCAUGAGGCAGCGGCAUCGAAGUGUGUUCCAGAAAGUGGGAGAUUGGUCGACCGGGAGGAAGAGCAUCCUCAACCCGCAGUCUGAGCGACGCAUGCGCGAGCACAAACAAGGAAAACCGGAUGAGUUUGGUAUCGGGUUAGACUAUGCUAGUCUACUCGGUCACCCAACCGUGUUUGCAGAAGAGGAUUCAGCAUGGGUCACAUAUAAUGACCCCAAGUCUAUUGCGCAAGCUUCUGCCGAGCUCAACAUCGCGCCAGUACGCGUCCACGACCUCGCCCAAGACAUUACAGACUCGCAGCCACCAUUCCGUCCAGCAGUCGUCGCCCCCGGUUCCAUCUUUCCUGGAGAUAAGACCUGGCGUGACGUCCCUCUCUACACCAACAUGUGGACGAGCGUCGUCCCUGGCCUGAUUCAUCACAACGCCCAUCGAGACGGGCUCAAGUCGCUGCGCGUCUCGGUCUGGGAUCGCAUGUGGUACUUCAACUACUCUAGGAAGUUGUACGAGUCGAAUGCUGCUGGGUCAGUUGGUCCUGUCGCUGUGGUGCAUGAUGACGAGGGGAGGGAGCAAGCGUGGUGGAGUCCGAUUGCGGAUAAGGGUGGAGCGAAGUCGGAUAAGAACGAGUGGCUGCCAUGGGAUGAUAUAUGUAAGGAGUUUGAAGGGGAGGUAUUCAGGGACAUCUAG